CGUUCGUUUACUACAAAUCGCAGCUGCCUCGUACGUACAGUACGGAUUCGUUUGACAUGUUGUCGUCCGAGUGUAGUCGCUGGUUCCGUCUUUUCCUAGUUUCUAUGAUAUAAUGGAGGAAGAGCUCCGUUGCAUUUCCUGUAAACAAUUUUAUAAUAAUCCGGUCCUAUUGCCGUGCUAUCAUUCAUUGUGCUUAAAUUGUGCGGUUCAACUGCAACAACCCGCUCAAAAUGGUGCGAACGGCGCGAGUUCGUCAACCGCCUCGGAGAAUGCGGAAAGCCUAGCAUCGGGCAGCUCUGGCGACUAUCAGGAGAGCGAUAAACUAUCAAUUUUAAGUGAAACGGACAGCGGGGUCGUCUGCACCUCCAGACCCAACAGUUACGUCGGUACCCCGAAUGGUCUAUUAUUUCCUAGCGCUGUCUCGUUAGCCUGCCCGAUUUGUCACAAAUUGGUCUACUUCGAUGAGAACGGCGCCUACAACCUGCCUAAAUAUCGUAUCAUGCAAACCAUUGUCGAUAAAUAUAGCGAAACCCGUAACUUAACAUUAAAAUGUCAGAUGUGCGAAAACGAACCGGUGCAAGAUGCGACUGUCAUGUGCGAACAAUGCGAGGUACUUUAUUGUGACGCCUGCCGCGAAUCCUGCCAUCCCCUACGGGGUCCGUUAGCCAAACAUAUACUCGUGGAACCGAAACGGGGGCAAAGCAUGUGCUUUAAGGGCAAAGAUGGGAGAUGUCCCGAACACGAAACCGAAAUUAUAUCUAUGUAUUGUCUCGUAUGUAAGGUCGGCGUUUGCGCCGUGUGUUUGAUGGAUUCAAGACACACUUCUCACGAUGUUCAGGCGAUUGCUAUGAUGUGUAGGGCACAAAAGACUGAGUUGUCACACAAUCUCCAACAGUUAUCAGAGCGAGCAAAAUCAACCACUGAAUUUAUACAACGUUUGAAAGGGAUGAGUGAUAAAGUGAAUGAGAACUGUUUGGAGUUUGAGCUUUUAGUUUCCGCCCAAUGUGACGCGUUAAUAGAAUCCAUACGUCAGCGACAAGCGCAACUUUUGGAAUGUAUUCAUCAAGAUAAGGAUUUGCGAGUGCGCGCGCUUAAAGAUCAAGUUGCAACCUGCACGUCUCGAUUACAACAAACUACCGCACUGCUGCAGUUCUGCAUAGAAGCAUUAAAGGAAACGGACAACAUGUCAUUUUUACAAGUCGGUUCGAUGUUAAUAAACAGGGUCACUACAACCGAUCACUCGUGGCAUAAGGAAUGGUCCGCACCGAGAGUCUCCCCUCAUUUUGAUCUCACCUUGGAUGAUAAAUCAGUUCUGAAAGCUAUUGAGCAAUUGAAUUUCAUUCAAAUGAAGCCUUACAAAGAUGGAGAGGAAAGAGUACCAGCAGCCCCUACUGCACCGACUAUAAUUCCGGAGGAAUGUAGUGCGGAAAACAACUCUGUCACUGUAGCUUGGCAACCACCAUCCCAUAGUCAUGUUGAAGGUUACGUUUUAGAACUAGAUGAUGGGAAUGGAGGGGAAUUUAGGGAAGUAUAUUGCGGUGUCGAAACAAUUUGCACUGUAGAUGGCCUACAUUUUCAUAGCAUGUAUAAUGCAAGGGUGAAAGCAUUUAAUAGUUCAGGCGAAGGGGAAUAUAGUGAAUUAAUUGGACUUCAAACAGCUGAAGUUGCAUGGUUCACUUUCGAUUCCGUUCUGUCCGGAUCGGGUUUACACUACUCCGAAGAUAAUGUGCAGGUAACAGGAGAGGGUUGGGAGCAUCGUGUAGCGUUGGGAAGUGUUGGAUUUAGUCGUGGCGUGCAUUACUGGGAAUUUACGGUUAACAAGUUUGAUGCGGAUACUGAUCCCGCUUUUGGAAUCGCACGCAUUGACGUAGCUAGGGAUAAAAUGCUCGGAAAGGAUGACAAGGGAUGGGCGAUGUACAUUGAUCGACAAAGGUCAUGGUUUCAACAUGCCGGGGGUCACGAACAACGAAUUGAAGGCGGCAUCGCAACGGGAAGCACAGUCGGUGUGCUUUUGGAUUUACUUCGACACACUUUAUCUUUCUAUGUUAAUGAGGAACCACAAGGUUCUGUUGCCUUUACAGAUCUUUAUGGUGUAUUCUAUCCUGCCGUUAGUAUUAAUAGAGGCGUAAGCGUUUUGUUGCAUACUGCACUGGAUCCGCCUUCAGAUAUUGAUGAUAUUUAAGUCACCGCAGCUAUCUUUUUAUAAGUACCAUUAGGUAUUUUAUACAUCUUUCAUUUAAAACGUUGAACUGCCAAUGUAAUCAAUUUUUUGAACAAUAGGGAAUUUUAUCAUUUCACAUUCCGUCCCUCGCCAAUGUUCUAAAUUAAUUGUUUAAUGAUAUUUGAGUGCAUGUGUGUCAACUCUGGUCUUGUAUACGUUCCAUAUGAUAAUCAGACCAAUUUCGUACUGUGAGGCAAUAUUACCCAUUAAUAUUAACCAUUGUUUAUCAACAUUUUCACCUGGACUUGCAAUAAUACAGACUAUACUGAAAAUAUUCACUAUAACAAUAUAUUAAUAUUUCUUCAUUGCAUAUCGUUAGCUAUAUUAUUGAUAUAGCACCCCUAAUCAGUGCUGAACAGUGUAAAAUAAUGAGAGGUAUAUACGAACCGUUGGUUAAAUUAUGAAGCCAUGUGAGCGGCGCAGUGUAAGAGACGUCAAGUGUGCGCGCGGCCUAUCACAUUUCCACUAGUGGAGCCUUAU